CGUCGCCGCUUUCCCCGGGCCGGGGCGCGGGGCUCCUCCCGGGGGCGGAGCGGGCGCGGCGCCAUGCCGGGCGGCGGGGCCGCGCUGCGGCGGGCGCUGCUGGGAGCGCGGCGGGCGGCGGCGGGGGCCGCCGGCGGGAGCCGCGCCGCCAUGUCUUCACAGUCUCACUGGUUGACAACAGAGGAAAGGAACCAAGUUUUGCUUGAUCUUAAAGCUUCAGGCUGGUCUGAGUUAGGCGAAAGAGAUGCCAUCUACAAAGAGUUCAAUUUCAAAAAUUUUAAUCAGGCUUUCGGAUUUAUGACACGAGUUGCUCUACAAGCAGAGAAGAUGAAUCACCACCCAGAAUGGUUUAAUGUCUACAGCAAGGUCCAGAUAACUCUUAUUUCCCAUGACUGUGGUGGACUGACCAAAAGAGAUGUGAAGCUGGCACAGUUUAUUGACAAAGCUGCUGCUUCAGUGUAAUAAAGAUGUGAAAUGUUGUAAUAUAGUUGCUACCAAUAUUGUGUGUUUAAAUAGUAUCGCUGAUUCAUUGUAACUCUGAUUUAGCCCAAGUCCCUCAGAGGACAGGAUACUUAGCAAAAAAAAAAAAAAAAAAAAAAGCUUGGCCUAGCCUUGUCUGCCUUUAAGACUUCAGUCUGAGAGACCCCCUUCUAAAUAAGCCUGGGCUUAUCCUUCGUCACUGCUGGCUCCACAUGAGGAUACAGCAGAUCAAACAUCAAAAAAUUAAUUUUGAACAAUCCUUUUCUAGAAAUUAAAAUAGAGAUUUUAAUAUUAGAAGCCAAACCCAGGAGCAUGCUUCACUAUUCACAGAGGGAAAAGCUGGAACGGACGCUGGACCCCACCCAGAGCUGUCCGUGCCUGCGGGAGUCAGGCGGGUAACGGGCCCUGCAGCCGCCUCCGGAGAAGAGCGCAAGGGCAGCUGCCCCGUGCGUGUGCCCUCGUGCCUGGCCGUUUGAUGGGUUUGUGCAUCUCUACUCCAAGGACAUAACAGCAGCCCUGCUGGGUCAUUCCCGUCCUGUCUCUGACGGUGACUGGUAGCAAGUGCUUAGGGAAGACGGUAAGAGCAGGGCAAGCAGCUAGCGAUGCUUUCUUGAAGUACUCAGCAGAUCCUGCAGCUCAGCUACGACCUUGUAUUUAAUAAGUUCCAGUAGAUGUUUUUCUGUGUGUUUGUCUACUGGCCUUUGGAACCCAUCUGGCAUCCACAGCCUAGCAUCUGUAUCAGGUGAAAGUGAUACUGGGUGUUUGAGAGUUGUUUCCUUUCUGAGGAGCUGUAGGGCUGGAUCCUGCAGCUGCUGGGAAUUGUAAUUCUCAUCCAGCAUAUAUGCAAAAAUCCGAGGCAGCUCUUGAUGCUCACGUAAUUAAAUGAAGGAUGUGCUUUUAAGUACUUUGCUGGGUCAGUCAUGCUGCAGGAUCGAGCCAUUAUUUUUGUCAUGGCAUUCUCAUACCUGCAAGAGAGGUCAGGAUAGCUUCGCCAGGCUCCUGUAACCCUGGCAGGAGCUGCCAGCAGUAGAGAAAGCAGCUUUAGCAGGAUUCUCCUGCUAAGCUGCGCCAGGCUGAAGCUAUGGACACUGUUUUUUGUAAUUAGUCAUUCAUUGCAAAUGUUGUUCCAAGAGCUGCAGAUCCCACCAAUGAGUUUUAAAAUGAUUUCUUCCGUGCUUUCAAAGUCUUUGUUUUUAUCCUGUGAUCCUCACCGAGGCAGAUUUCCUCUGCCGGCAGGGAGAAUUCAGCCUGCCGAAGGACUGCAGAAGUGGGCCUCUCUCUGCAAUCCCUGUGCUGACUGUGCCCGACAUGCACAGUCGUGCCUCGCCAGUAAUUGUUGGUGCGUAGUUACCAGAAGAUUGACACUUUAUAAAUGCCUAAAUACAUAGUUAGAAUGACACCAAAGGCACAGUUACAAACUACUGAGAAAUGAGAUACUCGUGAUUCACAAGAGACUUGUGAAUCGUUGCCAAAAUCUGUAUCUGGUGUAUGUUAGGUGUGUGGUCUCUCACAUAUUUUGGAUGCAAAAUGCCAAUAGCUGACAAGCAAAUAUGCCUGUUGAUAAAAUAAGUAAGAUAUAUAUUUUUUAAUCCUUAGCAAGUGUACUGUCACGUGCUAGCUGGCAACAGGAAUGAAAUAUGUAAGAUGUUGGAGUUCAUUGCUAGUAACUAUACCUAAGUUACCAAAUAAAAAUGUAAAAGAGACUGAAUUCAGACUUUGUGUUCAAAUGCUCUUUCCUUAAAAGUGCCUUUUCCCAUUGAAGCAGCGGAUUUCCCUGAUAUGGCUUGAAAAUGGUCACUGUUGCAAGGAAUAAAGCAAGCUAAAACAAACAACUAGCCUGCAAUCUCUUCUGUUACUCAUGGGGACAUGAACAAAGCUUCUCCCAAAGUUUUGACAAUGUCUCUAAUGAACUGUGAAAACUGUUGUUAGAAACUGAUAUAUAAUGCAAACGCUUUGAAUAAAACCAAUAAAAUCAAA